GACGAAGCUACUGCGUUGUCAGUCGCAGAACACAAGAGCCCCGUUUUUCUCCAAGACCUCGCGGUUGCAGCGGUGAACUCCGCUUCCUUCUCCCUUCCUAUGGCUCGAUGGGAUGAGAUUUUAUCCCUUCCUGUGCAGAAUCCUCCGUCAUUGGAGUUUUCGGCUGCGGAUUUGGUUUGGUCCAAGGUGGAAGGAUGGCGCGACAACAUAGAUAGAGUGGCUUUGAUCCCGUAUGCUAGAGUUGAUGAUUUCGUGAGGGGCGAGUCUUCGAACAAAGAUUGUCCGUCGAGAUUUCAUGUUGAAGCACGGAGGAAAAGACCUCUUGAGAUGGCUUAUAAACCUAAAGUUGAUGGCAUUCUUGAAUACAUACUGUAUUGGUGUUCCUUUGGUCCUGACGACCACAGGAAGGGUGGGAUCGUGCGGCCUAGUAGGACUAAUUAUGUCCCCAAGAAAAAUAAUGCUGGUCGACCUAAUACGAAGAGGGGCUGCACCUGUCACUUUAUUGUGAAACGCUUAAUUGCUGAACCAUCGGUGGCACUUAUCAUCUAUAAUCAGGAUAAACAUGUUGAUAAGAAAGGUCUCCCUUGCCAUGGUCCCCAGGACAAGAAGGCAGCUGGUACACGCGCCAUGUUUGCCCCUUAUAUCUCAGAGGACCUUCGCCUUCGAGUCUUGUCUCUAUUAUAUGUGGGUGUAUCCGUGGAGACAAUAAUGCAGAGACACAAUGAAUCUGUGGAGAGGCAAGGGGGUCCUACUAACCGCGAUGACCUUUUGACCCACAGAUAUGUUCGUCGACAGGAGAGAAGCAUUAGACGCUCUACGUAUGAGUUGGACGCAGAUGAUGCAAUCAGCAUUGACAUGUGGGUGGAAAGUCACCAGAGCCACGUUUUCUUUUAUGAGGAGUUCUCUGAUUCCGAACCAUUCACUUUGGGCAUUCAGACGGAGUGGCAGUUACAGCAAAUGAUUCGGUUUGGCAAUCGCAGCCUUGUGGCUUCUGAUUCAAGAUUUGGAACCAACAAAUUGAAGUAUCCUAUUCACAGUCUUCUCGUCUUCGAUUCUGACAACAAGGCCAUUCCUGUGGCAUGGAUAAUAGCACCGGCAUUUGGAAGCACAGAAACUCAUAGAUGGAUGAGGGCCUUGUAUAAUAGAGUUUGUGCUAAAGAUCCUUCGUGGAAGUUGGCAGGGUUUAUUGUUGAUGAUCCUCUAGCUGAUGUCCUUGCUAUCAGGGAUGUGUUUCAAUGCUCUGUGCUACUUUGCUUCUGGCGGUUACGUCAUGCAUGGCACAAGAACUUAGUAAAGAGAUGUCAGGAGACUGAAAUGCGUGUGGAGAUGGCAAGACAACUUGGACAGGCAGUAGACAAUAUCUGCAGAGGAGAUGGAAAUGUGAAUUUGUUUCAAAGUUUCAUGGACGAUUUCGUUGAGGCACACCACUUCAUGGAUUAUUUCAAGGCAGCCUGGUACCCCCGUAUAGGGUCAUGGACAGCUGCGCUGAAAAAUCUUCCACUGGCAAGUCAGGAGACUUGUGCAGCACUGGAGUUUUACCACAACCAAUUAAGGCUCAGAUUACUGAAUGAGGACAACACCAGUGCUUAUCAACGGGCUGAUUGGUUGGUUGACAAGUUGGGUACGACAGUACAUGCUUUCUUCUGGCUUGACGAGUACUCAGAAAAGGAGGAUUUUUCACGAUACCGUAAAGAUGAGUGGGCCAGUGGCUUAACAUCUUGGCGCAAUGCAUUAAAAAUUCCUGAUUCUGAUGUUACACUAGAAGGGGAAUGUGCAAAAGUUACCAGCCAGACUCUUCGAGACAAAGUUCACAUUGUCUGGAAUCCAGGUUCAGUGUUUAGUUUAUGCGAUUGUAAGUGGGCAGACAUGGGUUACCUGUGUGAACAUGUCUUCAAAGUAAUUAAGGUCUGUCGUGAACGAGGUUCGGCUUUGCCAUCUAUCAGUCUAUUUCAGUACAAGCGGGCAUUGCUUGAGAUGUUACGUUGCCCUCCUCAUGAUUCAGUACGGGAUCAUGCUAUUUCUUUGGCAGUCUUUGUACAGAAGCAGUUGAGUACGCUAAUUGAUGAAGGAAGCAGCAAUAUCACGGACAAGUCACAAAGUAUCAGAGUCAUUUCUGAAAAUCAAGGCGGUGAUUUGAUUGAGGAAAGAAAUUGCUUAAAUGAGAACUCAUUAUCUUCUUCUGAUGGGCAUAAUUGCAUGGAUAUGUCAGAGACUCCCGGUCGUAUCACGGAAAACUUGGGUGGCAAUCUAACUGAUAUGGCAGUCAAGCCAAAUGGAUUUUGUAAUGAAACUGAUACAGAAAAUUGUGGCAAGAUGGAUGUUGACAGGCCAUCUACUCGUAGCUCAACUCGUAGAUUACUCCACGUUGAAGAGGGUGCAUCUAAUGGUUUCCUCCUUGAGAAUGGGAAGAGAGAUUCUAUUAAUAAAACAACAGGUGUGGUAAAUGCUCCACCUCCAGAUGGCAAUGACCCCGCUGGUUUUAAGGGUUAGAUCAUUGAAUUAGAUUGGAUUGAGACCUAAGAAGAGGAUGGAGACCAAUUUGAAGUUGCCGUUUGUCUACUGGGCCAUGUUGAAAAAGUGCAGUCACCAAUCUCUUAGGGAAGGCUGAUUUGUUAGUAGUACUUCUCCUCUAUACAGGCAGCAGUCAUGAUUGCAGUUUCGGCACUUGAUAGAGAUGCAACUAUGCUCAGAAAUGCCACAGAACCAAGGCUAUCGAAUGAUUUAUGAACAGAGAAAUUGAAGCUGCCAACCUUGAUGUACAAAUCACGGUCGAAUUGGAAUCUCUUUCUUGGCCCCAUGCCCAAGGGUCCAUGGAUCAGGUACCCAGUUGCCGCAUAUACUUCUAUCGGCUUAAUCACACGACGGCAACUACUUGCCCUUUGAACUCAAACGGGUGUCGAUUUUCUUGAUUCCAGGCUGAGGGAUCUGUGGCACUAAAAGAGAACUCAACGCACGAGUCUGGGCAAUAGAGAGCGUCUCUUUUUCUUGUCAACCUGUGAGCGACACGUCUCUAGUUGUCGUCGAAGAGACGUGAGCCUGGGGAAAUUCCCUUCUGUAGCUUUUGCAGAUUGCUUAUCAUAAUCGAUGUGCUAUUCCUAUGGCAUUCUUUGUACUCAUAGACAUCUUUCACAUGUUAUGUUCACCUGAAAAAAGUGAAAAAGAAGGAAAAAAAAAUUGCUGCAGGCUAUCCGAGCGUCUGACGGUUUUUCUGUGCUGAGCCAAACACCUUGGCACAUUGGCCCUAAAAUAGUCUUUCUUGUCUGAUGUUUGGGAAAUGACAGGUCAUGAUACACAUUUGUAUCUUAUCCUAGAAGAUCGACUUUGAUUAUAGUGGUGUUGCUUUUCAAUUUAUGGCACAUCAGAGGAAACUGUGAAA